UGUUUAUUGAUCCGUCAGCGGAGGCCCUCCCGCAGGCAGGCGGCCAAGUCAGGCAGCUGUCGACUCCGGGAGGCUCGUUGGCUAUGGCGCUCCUGCUCCGUGUGCGCCUCCCCGCGGGAAUUCGCCGCCAGACGCCUCCUGCCCGCGACAGCGCCGCGCCACUCGAACUCUUUGGCGGUCUCCGCGGAUAGCGAGCCGCCCAUGGCGAUGGAGGACCAGCCCGCCGCCGCCGCCGCCGCCGCCGCCGCCAAGAGAGACGACAGCGGGGCUUGCAUCGACAGGCAGCCGGACGCGGUGCUCCACCGCGCCGGACCCAUCCACGUCGGAGGUCGCGGGAGCCGCACCGGAGCUUCAGCCGCCGCAGCCGGGAUACGAGUGCUAAAGCGCAACAUGAAGCGAGUGGGGAGUCGCGGGUGCAUGACGAGAAAGAGCAGGUUCGGAUCCCGGGAACGCGAAUGGCUGAAGAGCAACACCCAGCGGGGCUGCGUGUGUCUGUACGGGGGCACGGUGGACCCCCAGCUAACUACCUCCGGACCCCAGGCCUCCUCCACUCCUCAGCCUGACCUGCAGCUGGUGCUCUGCUCCACCAGCACCACAGUGGAGGAGAUGUGCGCCCAGAGGGACGGGCAGGGCCUUUUUGUCCAACUGCACGGCGAUCUGGUCAGGAGACUGGAGCCCACCGAGCGUCCUCUCCAGAUGCUUUACGGCUAUCUGGCCGCGAUGGGCUACGUCGACCCGGUGCGAGUGCAGCAAGAGGCUGCCAAUUCGGACCUCAGCUGCUUGAUCCGCUUCUACGGCGAGCGACCGGUGAACGCGGAUCAGCAGGAGCGCACCCUGCUGAAGGGCGUGUUCAGCGUUCGCAAGGGUAAGACGCAGCUGCACAAGUGGGCCGAACGGCAGGUCGUUCUCUGCGGAACAUGUCUCAUCGUGGCCUCGGUCAAAGACAGCCUGACCGGCAAGAUGCACAUCCUGCCCCUGGUGGGGGGCAAGGUGGAGGAGGUGAAGAGGAGACAACACUGCCUGAUGUUCAGCUCUGCAGGAUCGCAAGCGCAGACGUACUUUGUCAAUUUUGACACACUGGCUGACUACCAGCGAUGGCAUCGACAGGCAUCCAAAGUGGUGUCGCAGACAGUCAGCCUGGUGGACCUGUCGUGCUACAGUCUGGAGGCGGUGCCCAAGUAUCUGUUCUACUGCCAAGACGUGACCCACCUCAACCUGCGACACAACUUCAUGAACUUGCUGGGGCCUGGAGGUCUACUCCACCUCCCCAGAUUCUGUCAGCUGAAGAGCUUGAACUUGUCUCACAACCGUCUGGGUGUUUUCCCCGAAUGUGUGUGCGAGAUCCUCACCCUCACUGAGCUCUGCCUCUCCUGCAACAAUCUCCACACCGUACCCGUGCAGAUCGGCAACCUCCAAAGCCUCCAAACGCUGUCUCUGGAUGGAAACCACCUGAGCUCCCUACCCAAUGAGCUGGGCGGACUGUCCCAGCUCAGCAGUCUCGGCCUAUCCUUCAACGACUUCAAUCAUAUACCCGCUGUGCUGGAGAGACUGGGCGCAGUGGACAAGUUGUCCAUGGCUGGGAACCAAGUGGUGUGUUUGGAGGUGUGUGCUCUGCUCAGCAUGAGCCACCUGAAACACAUCGACCUCAGGCUAAAUGGACUACGCUGUGUGAAAAGUGAGUCUCCAGAGGCAGUGACCCUGCUGGCCCACCUAGACCUGAGGGACAACUGUUUAGACUCACUGGACCUCACUUCCAUCUGCAGCCUGGAGACUCUCCACUGCCAACGUAACCAGCUGAGGGCGCUGACGGUUGGCGGCCUUGCGCUGCACAAGCUUCACGCCGGCAGCAACCGCCUUAGCGCAGUCAGCGUUUACCCAGUCCCAAACCAACUGACACACUUGGAUUUAUCCCAGAACCUUCUGGAGGACCUACCAGACUGGGUGUGUGACUGCACAAAAGUGGAGCUGCUGGAUGUCACCCACAACCUCCUGACUGAGCUUCCAUCCAGGUUGCUCAACAGCUUGAGUUUGAGGAAGCUUCUGGUGGGGAACAAUCGCUUGCAGAGAGUGCCUGAGCUGCUGGACCACGUCCCCCUGGAAGUUCUGGACCUCCAGCACAACAAGCUAGGAGAACUCCCGGAGAGUCUCUUCUUCAAGGCCUUAAACCUCAAACAUUUAAAUGCGUCAGCCAAUAACCUGGAAAGUAUUCCUCCCAGCGGCCAAUCAGAUGACAGCCUAAGCACGCUGCAGGAGCUCUACCUGACCGGGAACAACCUCAAUGAAAACUGCGGUGCUCUGCUGGUUGGACACCACAACCUGAGGGUCCUGCACAUGGGCUACAACCAGCUGCUCUCAUUCCCUGCCAGUAAACUGAGUAAGCUGGAGCUGCUUGAGGAGCUCAAUCUAAGUGGCAACAAACUGAAGAGCAUCCCCUCUACGGUGUCCAGCUGCAAGAGACUGCACACCCUCAUAGCGCACUCCAAUCACAUUACCGUCUUCCCGGAGAUCCUCAACCUUCCUGAAAUCAAGCUUGUGGAUCUGAGCUGUAACGAGUUGACUGAGAUCCAACUGCCCGAAUCGCUGCCGCCUAGCCUCCAGGAGCUGGACUUGACAGGCAACGGCAGCCUGAUGCUGGAACACAAAACUCUUAAUUUCUUCAGUCACAUCACCACAUUGAAAUUGGACCAGAAAUCGACCACAACAGCAGACUCGCAAAACGCCUCCGCUCCCUGGAGCCAUGGGUACUCUGAAAUGAGCGGCCAAAGGAACAAGUUGUGUGUGUCCAUGCUGGCCAUUGACCGCCUCGGUGACAGCGUGGAAGCGUGCUACGGUAUUUUCGAUGGGGACCGCAAUGAGGAAGUGCCUCGGCUGCUGCAGUGCACCAUGGGUGACGUGCUGUGCGAGGAAGUGCAACAUUCCAGUAUUGACAGCGUGUACAUGAGCAAUACAUUCCUAACCUCACACAGGAAACUAGGUAUGGCCGGCCAGAAAUUGGGUGCCUCUGCCUUGCUGUGUUACAUCCACCAUGAGUCCUCAGAGCCAGGAGGCUACCUCAGUGUGACCGUGGCCAACGUGGGGACCUGCCAGGCGGUGCUGUGUCGGGACGGCCGACCCGUAUCGCUCUCAAAGGUGUACAGCUUGGAGAACUGCACUGAGGAGAUGGAGAGAGUUAAACUCAGCAAAGCCAUCAUUACAGAGGAUAACAAAGUGAGCGGCGUGACAUGCUGCUCCCGCCUGCUGGGUUGCUCUUAUCUGUCUCCCUGGGUGCUUCCGAAGCCCUGGGUGCACACCGAGCCGCUCUCAUCCCAGGAUGACUUUCUGAUCCUGGGGAAUCGCGCGCUCUUUGAGCGCGUGUCUUACCAGGAGGCUGUGUGCACAGUUCAGGCCGUGCGGGAUCCGCGCGCCGCCGCCAAGAAGCUUUGCACGCUGGCCCAGAGCUACGGCUGUAAGGACAACAUUGGCGCUGUGGUGGUGGCCUUGAACAUUGCAGAGGACAGCUGCACCUGCGAGCCACCGGUCUACACUACUGAACCCCGGGGUCUUCCUCAUGUCUCUUUCCCUGUGUCUACGACGCCAGCCCCUAGCGACUCAGCCACCCUGUCAUCCACUAGCGGGGUCGUCUCUGAAUUCAACAGUGAGACGUCAGCGUCGGAGGUGGGCAGCGAGGCGGGCUCCACUGGCUCGGAUGAGCACCCGAACUCAGGAGCUGCGCCACGCCCUGAGAGACGUUGUAGCCUGCACCCCGGUACGACACUGUGCGGCAUUAUGGUCCCAGGCUCGGUCGGGCUAGGCAGCCACAUGGGCCUGUUCCAGCGGCAACCUUCCUCUGCCACUUUCUCUAGCAACCACUCUGACAACGGCUUGGACAGCGAUGAUGAGACUCCACUGGAGGGCGUCAUCUCCAAUGGCAGCAAGUUAGAAGUGGAGGUAGACAUCCACUGCUGCGCUUUCCAGCUGCGGUCAGGGCCCUCCGAGAGCCUGAAGGACUUGGACUUUGAAAAGGGAGGCUCCGAUUAUCCUCAUGGCAAGGUGGGCAGACAGAACAGCGUGGUGGUCUCCGCAACAAACGGCUGCCUGCUGGCUGUUUGUGGAAGAGAGAUCGCAGACUUGAAGAAAUCACCUUCUACUUCGUGCCUGUUUGGGAAGAAGACGUCCAACGGUUCCGUGGUGGCCCCCGAGGACAGUCAUAAUCUCAUCGAGGUGGCCCUGGAGGCACCUAAGAAGAAGUCCGGGUAUUUCACUGCGCCCGCACAGCAGGACCCCGAAGACCAGCUGAUCGUGCCCCCUUGUCUGGAGCAGGAAGUACGGGAGCAGUUAAAAGGUCAGAGCCCUCUCGUCUCAGGCCCCUCUGCACCAUCCACACCCCCUUCAUUAAAAGACGCAGGAUGGGAUCAAUCACACCCUCCUCCUCUCUUUACCCCGAGCCUGGCGCCUGGUCCUGGAGUGAUCCCAAUCAUAAAGCCUGAGGUCUAUGAUACUGCCCUCUGAAAGGGGGAACACAGCUCAACUUGGCUGCCAAGCUGUUAUCGUGCCACCCCAGGGAAGUCGAGGCGAUUAUUGUGAGUUUAAAGGGGACUACACUUUGUGACUCAAGGCUAAAAUCGUGUGUUCAAACGUCACCAAGCGUAUCCUUUUCCUUGGAAAAUCUCACUUUGGAAUUGUGCAGGAAUGUGCUCAGUGCAGGUUAUAUUCUUGUAGUAAAAGUGCCUACGGCAGACGACUCAGCCUCAGAGUUCCCAGGCUACACGGCUGUUUUAGAGUAGAGAUUCUUACACCUGAAGGAAGAACAAUAAAGCUUGACACAGCUAGUCGUCCUCCUCCUGUAGCUUAUAAAAGGAAAGGAACAUUCUGAAUGCCAUUCGGUCUCAUAGCCCCCGCUCCCAUCAAGCUUCAGUUUUAAAUUCGCCAUAAUACGGUUUUGAAACAGUAGACGCUGGUCUGUCUUGUGUUUCCAUCGUGGGAUUAUGAUGGUUGAUUGUGUGGGUUGCCAAAGCUCAGGAUGAGUCAAGCAUUUGCACCUUCUAAACCCAGGGGUGUCUAAACUGAAGAAUGAGGGGGUUACUUUGAUAUUCUUCACCUUUUUGUUUAUUAAACAUGCUAAAAUCAAUCCAAUAUAGGUCAAGAUCAGUUAACUAUAUUUAAAGGAAAAUUAUUACUAAUAGUGUACAGAAAGUUUACUUCUUUUUUCUCAUUUCGAAUUUGUUUUCGUUCAGUGCGGCCCUAAUUCUCCGUCACAAAUGGCCUCCGUUUUGACCAUCCCUGGAUGGUCAAAGCCGUGGACCUGGGUCCAGUCCAGCUUUGACUUUCCCCUUGAGGGCCACGGUACUUUUUGCUUGUGAGCCAGAACAAGUCGGAGUUGGCAUCACUCUUCAAUUAUAUGCAAACAUAAUGCAAAUGUCAGCCUCAGAUAAAUAUACACAGACACGGACGGAAGCUGCCAAGAAUCUCUUUGAAUAUGACAGCUGCGACUUUAAAUAGUACUACUCCUUAUUAUUAUUGCACUAGUAUGGUAAAAAUACUAGUACUCUUAAUAGAGUUUGACUUUAAAAAUGAUCAAUAGAUAACUGCCCUUCAAAAAAAGUUACUUUUAAACAAUCUCACAAAAGAGGUUUAGAAUCUUCUCUCGAGAAUGAAUUCCACCCAUCGUGAUGCUGCUAACAAGAUAUCGAGGGAAAGAAAAGGUUUUCAUAGCAAUGCACAUUGACGAGAAGUCAAAAUGUAAUGAAGUCAUUUCACUGUGCAAAGCCGACAUGGCACCACGGUGUGGUGCGAUCCGAUUUCCAUUAAACUAAACAGAAAAAUAAGUCGAUUAUUGUUGCUUGAUCUAAAUGUCAUAAUGACAUUUUGAAGCACAUAUUCAGUGUUCACUGUGUUGUGUGAUAUGAAAUAUCUCAGCUCAUGACAAAUGCAAUAUAAUAAAUACGACAACGGAAACUCAAUUCAUGUCCCUCCACGCAAAUUCAGUCGGAGCUUGGACAUUUUUCACUUUCCCAGAUGAUAUUUGGGAUUAGAGUGAGCCUUGCAUAUUCAUAUUUCGGUAUUCGCAAAUUCACAGAUUAUUAUUUUUUUGGGGGCUGGGGGGGCAUAUUUGUUGUUUUGGGCUCGGGACAGAGCCAUGUCUCUCUCUUUUGCGCCAUCUGGUGGCAUCUUGGGACCAAGCAACUAUCUUGAAGUGAGGGGAGGAAUCCUCAUUUCGUCAGGCCAUAACCGAGUUUACUAGAAAAAAAGUGUUUUGCCGCCAUAUUGUGGUGUCAAUUACUCGCUACGUUUCGCUUUUUACAGCAGGGCUCGAUCUGUAUCCCCCAUGAGUACUGAAAAUCUUGUUCCCCCGACCCGAAAAGAUAUAGAACUACCUAUAGAUGUGUACUUUUGUCUAAAAUAAAACUCCUUAACUUCAGCAUAGUUCCUUGGCGCGAAGAUGCCACAAGAUGACGCCAAAGCACAACUUUUGGCCAAACAAAGCUCUUUAAUCCACUUCAACAUAGUUCCUUAGCCACGAAAUGCCACAAGAUGGCCGCAAAGGACUACUUUGGUCAAAAUGAAGCUAUUUCAAUUACUUCAACAUAAUAUAGGUGAAUUUGUGAAUGACGAACCCCAAAUACGUGGGGGUAAUUUGUGUGUGGUAAUUUCCCCUUGUAGUGCAUUUGCUGUAAGAUAGCAACAGUAAACACUGUCUGAUACUGCCAAAAUUUUCCAAUGUUUUAUUUUUCGCAGCUACAUUAUUUUAAUUGUGAGGUGAACAUAAUACAGGCCAAUGACUCUUGGUUCCUGGUGCCAAAAGAGAAAGUGUUUUUUAAGAAGACCAAAGUCAGGUAAUUGCACAUGCCAAUUAGACGUCUUGUUUUGGCAUAGUGGUGCAGUUGUGGCAUUCCAUAGUUUGACUUUCCAGUGUUCCCUUUCAGCCUUAAAGCAUUGCCGCUCAGUAUUUGUUAAAAGGAAGACGAGCCAUCGAUUGAAUCCCACUCAUGUUGUCGUAUUGUCUUUGAAGCCUUAAUUGUCUUUCUCCUGUUACUUGUCAACUUCAUGGAUUCAACACUAAUUACAACCCCAAUUCCAAUGAAGUUGGGACGUUGUGUUAAACACAAAUAAAAACAGAAUACAAUGAUUUGCAAAUCAUCUUCAACCUAUAUUUAAUUGAAUACACUACAAUGACAAGAUAUUUAAUGUUCAAACGGAUAAACUUUAUUGUUUAUCAGUUUGUUUUAUUGUAUUUUGUGGCUGCAACACGUUCCAAAAAAGCUGGGACAGGUGGCAAAAAAGACUUAGAACGUUUAGGGAUGCUCAUCAAUCACCUGUUUGGAACAUCCCACAGGUGAACAGGCUCAUUGGGAAUAGGUAGGUGCCAUGACUGCGUAGAAAAGGAGCUUCCCUGAAUUGCUCAGUCAUUCACAAGCAAAGAUGAGGCGAGGUUCACCUCUUUGUGAACAAGUGUGUGAGAAAAUAGUCGAACAGUUUAAGGACGAUGUUCCUCAACGUACAAUUGGAAGGAAUUUAGGGAUUUAAUCAUCUGCGGUCCAUAAUAUCAUCAAAAAGUUCAGAGAAUCUGGAGAAAUCACUGCAUGUAAGCGGCGAGGCCGAAAACCAACAUUGA